UUCAGUUUCAAUCGAGAUGUGAUCGGACGCGCGCGCCGAAUUGCUUGCGUCUGGCUAGGAUGUUUUAGGUGUUUAGUGAACGUAGACUAGCGUCGGUGUUGUUUUUUAUAGCUCUUAGUGCUGUUUCAUGUUUUUCACGGUUUUUGUUAUUGUUACUCAUGUUACACUGCACGGUGUGUCUCCAGAAAAUUAAGUAGCUGCUCAGUUUCAGUCGCACGUCAUUUGAGUGAGCCGGGCGACGAAAAACCGGUGAAGGGCGAGGAAGACAUUCGGGGGUGGGCGAUGUGGUAUUUUGGGUGGCAUCGUCACUGGAUGCCGGUCUGAUUGAGAGAGCGUCGCAUGAACCGAAAUAUACUUCUGUAACGAACCGUCCGUCCGUCGCAUACAAUAUGUAAUCGCAGCUUCCCAUAAGAUGUGCAGUCAUCCAAGAAGUGUCCGUCUCUGUUAACGAGGUGAAGCCGGAUCGACGACGGUUUGCCCAAAUUUAGUCCAAGUGCCGAUUGCGAAGUUGCUAAUGGAGUGAAACGAAAGUGAUAGUUUAGCGAACAAUGCACUGACCGAAUGCCGACAAGACUCUUGACGUCGGAUAAUCUUGCAUACAUAUGUAUGAACGAACGUGCAUAAAAUAGUGCUUCAAUUGAGGAGAGCUGUUCUUGUUUCAAGUGCAGACAUACGCUUAAACAUAACAAAUUGAACGUCAUGUAAAGUUUUUAAUCGAAUUGGGAAAUCCCGAGCGUGCGUGGAACAAUGAACGUUUAGUAGACAGAAGAAAAAAACUAAGCGUCUGAGGGUGGAAAGAUGUGUGAACUCUAAACGCGUGUAGAAAAUUGGCGAUACUCCAUACGUAAUUGAGCGCGCUUCGAAGCACGUUCUCCCAAACGCAUAUGAAAUUAGCCAGAUUGUCCACCAUAAUGGCUGGGUUGGAUUAUUCAAACCUGGACGUCAUCCGGGGCAGUUCCAGUAGUAGUGCGACCACGUCCUUGCUUAGUAUGUACGAGGUGUUUGGCGGAAGUGACAACAACGGAAGUGCGGAGGAAUUCGAUGGCGCCCAACUUCACGAGCCAACGGUGGCGAUUGAUGGCAGCGAGGAGUUCGAUUUUAAUGUGGUCAGCAAAAUUAUUGGAUCGGUUCGUGGACCGAUGGGCGAUUUCAUACUCUAUGGAUACAUCGGAUUUAUAGUUGGAUGUGGCAUCUUGCUGAAUCUGAUUCUGAUCAAAGGCAUCCUGCAGGCUAAAUAUAGUGGUGCCUUGUAUUUCGUUCUUCAAAUAGCCGUGCUGGACAUUGGCUCGCUGUUGCUCAGUAUCUGGGAACUGUUCUACAUCAUCCUGCAGCAGUGGAUAUUCGAAUCGGAAUAUUGUACGUUUUACAUCGGGUUCGAAUCUUUCACAAACAUCGCCGUGGUUUACUUCAUCAUCGGACUGAACUUCCAUUCGAUCUCAACGUACAACUUGGCUCAGCAAAUAUCGGUGGCAAAUGACGAGCUUACCGGUUCUUACAAUCCGGAUAGCGAAACAAGUUCCGAUUACAUGGCGACAAUCGAAGAGAAUAAUUAUGAAGUGGCAACCGAAAACAUCAUACAGAAAAGAUCACUGACUAUAGACUACCGACCCAGGAAAACUAACAUUUCGGUCAUGUGGCCGGUCCUGAUGAUAUGGUUCAUUGCGGCAUCGGAAUCCCUUCCGUUGUUUUUGUUCUCGGAUGUCAUCUCGACGGAUGAUGGUGUCAAAUUUUGUACGGUUCUCAUCAACGAUCGAACCAAUCAUUAUAUCAUCCAGUGGCUGGUAAUCAGUAUUCGGAUUUUGCUGCCUACCCUAACCCUGGUCAUUACAACCGGGAUGAUCAUCUUCAAGUUCUAUCAAGGUGGUAGAUUCGCGCAACCCAACGAAGUGGAUGAAAACGUGGCGUUCAUAUUGAAGGUCUCCAUCUUCCUAUCGUUGAGCUAUGUGAUAUUCUCGAUGCAGAAACUCUACGGCUCGCUGCUAUUCGAGGUUAUGUCCAAACCGAUACUUCGGCACAAGUAUCCUCAGUUCGAUAGACAAUCAGGGCUGAUUUUUUCCCUUCUUCACUAUUUUCUGUCGUUCGUAAGGCCACUAGUUGUAAUCGUACUCUGUAAGCUAAAACACAAUCAUGUCGAUAUUACUUUUAUCUACAAAAAUAGCAAUAAAAAGGCCAAUAGCUUGUCAUAAUUCCUACGAUAAAAACAAUAAAACAUAAUACGAAAA